AUGGGUAAAUUCUUGUUAUUGGUAUUAGCUGGUGCUUUAAUAAUUGCAGAAGCUCUUACUAAAUCUGCUCCAUCAAAGAAAGAUGAUGUGUGUCCAAAUCCAGUGAAUUGUUUUGCAGAUGCAUGUCAUACUGUUUCAUGUCCUCCAGAAGCAACCUGCAUUGCUGAUUAUUGCCAUGACACAUAUUCGGAUGCAGCUCGUCAUAUCGAACCAUGUAUCAAAAUCGAAAAAAGAAAAAGCGAUGGAAUCCUGAAUUUCCGUCACCUUACACCAUAUCAUCAUUAUCAAAUAAAGCUUAUAACAACGAGCGAUCUUACACUGAAUACGGCUGAGGAUAUGAAUGGACAUCGAUCACCGACACUUCGAACAUUUGUCGGUUGA